AUGAAUGGCCAUUUUCUCAACGCUGUCAAUCUGCAACUCGUCCAACUGGGAAUCCAGAACCUGACAAAGAUCAACCACCAGACUCUCGUGGAUUUUCUGCCACAAAUGUGCUCUAAAGAUCUGGAUCAACGAGAUCUUGAGAGUUGGAAUCUUUCCGUGAAGGAAGAUACCCGUCAAAUCGAGCUGGACCAAGAAUCCAACGUAAACGUUGGCUCUGUUGAUCGUUGGAGACCACCACAGAGUAAACCGACGGUUAGGAAUCUGCGACAGUCCAGAACGCUGGGCAUUAGUGAGUUUCUUGAAUUUCAAAGUGUCUUCAAAUCCUGA